GUAAGAAACGGUUAUCACAUAGACACUAAUUGGAAAAGGACAGCCAUUGUUGGCAUUUCUCACUGACAGCCAUCUGGCCUGAGUUUCUUCGACAAUGUCCAGAACCUUAAUCACUGGAGGGUUUACACAAUACAAAUAAGGCAUUUGCUGCUUCCCAUUCACAGUAACAAUUGGAUUGAUCAUUUCAAAAAAAUGACCCAUUUACAAGCUGGUCUUCGUCCUGAGACCAUAGAGAAAGCUCGCUUGGAACUAAAUGAAAAUCCAGACACCUUGCAUCAGGAUAUCCAACAAGUCAGAGACAUGAUUAUCACAAGACCUGACAUUGGCUUUCUGCGGACAGACGAUGCUUUCAUUUUGAGGUUCCUUAGAGCAAGAAAAUUUAAUCAGCUGGAGACAUUCAAGUUGCUGGCCCAGUAUUUUCAAUAUCGUCAGCAGAAUUUGGACAUGUUCAAAAGCUUUAAAGCAGACAACCCUGGCAUCAAACGGGCGCUGAUGGAUGGUUUUCCUGGAGUGUUGGAAAAUCUUGAUCAGUAUGGCAGAAAAAUUCUGAUCCUCUUCGCUUCAAACUGGGACCAGAGUAGGAACUCCUUCGUUGAUAUCCUGCGGGCAAUUCUACUCUCUUUGGAAGUCCUCAUUGAAGACCCUGAACUACAGAUCAAUGGUUUUAUAUUAAUAAUAGACUGGAGCAACUUUUCUUUCAAACAAGCGUCCAAGUUAACCCCAACCAUCCUCAAACUGGCCAUAGAAGGACUCCAGGACAGCUUCCCUGCCCGCUUUGGAGGAAUCCACUUUGUGAACCAGCCUUGGUACAUCCAUGCAUUAUAUACCAUAAUCAAACCUUUCCUUAAAGACAAAACUAGGAAAAGGAUUUUUCUUCAUGGGAACAACCUGAAUAGUUUACACCAGCUUAUCUGUCCAGAAUGUCUGCCAUCAGAAUUUGGAGGCACUCUACCCCCCUAUGACAUGGGGACAUGGGCAAGGACAUUAUUAGGACCAGACUACAAUGAUGAAACGGAAUACAUGCACACAUACAAUGCGCUACAUGUGAAGCAUACCUUGGAAAAUUUGGAAAAAGAAUGCUCUCCCAAGCAUAUGAAAAGGUCUCAGUCUGUUGUAGAGCCAGGGACUUUGAGACAUGAAGAACGAGAUGACGACAACACUCAGCCUUUGCUUGCUUUGGACUAACACUCAAAGCGGCGCGUUGUGGAUGACAACAGAGGAUUUUGCGAUUUUUCAGACCAAUCUUGAGCGGUGCAUUGGCUAUUGAAGCACAUUUUCACCCAAGCCAGUAGCUGCUCUUCAAGCGCUAUUUUCUACAUCUACAGUACAUCACCAGCCUUCAGCAUAACUGAUCAAAUAUCAGAGAGACAAAGCUACUCUUUGUCUAGUUUAAAACCAAUGUGAGCUUGUAAAUAGAAAUGAAUUUGGAACUAAUCCGAGAGGAACAAAGUGAAGCGAAUCAUUUUCUAAUCACAGACUGAAGACGAAUUGUUAAAAAUGUCAAUGGCCAUAUAACAUGUACAUAUAUACGAUAGGCGUGUGUGGCUUUGUGUAUUUAUAUACAGUAUGUCUUAGACACCCACACACACACUUUGUAUUAACAUAUAGCUCUAGAUUUUUGUUGGAAGUGCGUUUCUUGAAGAUAUUACGCUAUUGCAAAAUGGCCUUGUUCUUAGAACUUGUGCUUCCCAGGUUUAAAUCUGGGCUCGAAUGCCUUAUGUUCUUGCCAUAUUAGUGUAGGGUCACAAGGUUCCAUCCCCAAAAUUCAAAGACGUGCUCAAGUAUUGACUGGCAGCACUACCUUGCCUUGGUGGCCAUGAUUAUAAGGGUUGCCAAGUGUCUUGUUCUGUUGUCGAAGACAUCAGCUCCUCUUUGAUUCUUUUUGAAGCUAAUAAUUUUUGUUGAAUCUCCAUGUGUGUACUUCAAUAUACAACUUUAAAAAUG